AUGUCGUCCACAACUGCUGCCGCUGCUGCCUCGAACGGCGGAUCCAUACUGCUCGGCGGCGGUCACUCUACCACCAGCAGCACAAACUCCACCGUUGCCGCCAUGGUAGCGGCAGCGGCCGCCGCUGCCGCAGCAACACUGAACAGCAAGCGGCAUCCUCCCUCCGCAACGGUCGUUUCCUCAUCUCAGCUUCUCGUUUCGAACGGUGUGGGGAGUGGUAGCAGUGGUAGCAGCAGUGGCAUUGGAAGCACACUGCUUUUCAGCGGCAGUCACCAUCGGCGUCUUCCACUCAAUCCAUCAACGUACCAGCCGCCGCAGCAGCAAUCGACAGCAUCGGCCGCCACAGCGCACCACAUGACGGCGGCAAACGCGAUAGCGGCGGCGGUCGCCGCAGCAGCAGCGACCGUUGCCCAGCAACAGCGCCAGUAUCGUCAGCAGCACCAGCACGGCUACUCGACGACGGCCACGCUAGCCGCAUUAUUCCCGCCAAUGAGCAGCACGCUUCGGACAAACAGCAGUAAGCUGCUGCUGCCGAGCAGAAAGCAACACAAAUCCAUCACAGAGCGCAGCAGCAGCGCAGUUCCUACAUCUGCAUCGAAGCAAUCAGCGCUGGCAGUGAGAAACAGCACGGCAACAACCAGUGCCGGAACCGUGUCGACCUGUGGAGGCGGCGGCAUCAGCAGCAGCAGCAACAUUCCAUCCGUUACGGUUGUGCCCUCCUUGUGCGGCGGCGGCGAGGUGGUGGGGGGUAGUGAAGCGACCGUGCGCACGCUAGUGGCAACCGUCGGGGCAACGAGCACGAUCGCCACGCUGGCCGCGCCGGUCGAUGGUGGUGAGUUUAGCUCGUCAGUGUCGUCAACCGUGUUGAUGCCGUUGAUAACGAACCCGCAAAGCAAUGAACCCAACAUCAGCAAUAGUGGUGGAACCGGUGGCGAAGAUCUUUCACACGCAAGCGUACCUACUGCCGUUGAUGGCGAGACUGAUCCAGCAGCAGAAUCGUGUACGGAAACGGCAGUAGCAGCAAUCACAUCAGCAGCAGCAGCACCGCUCGUUGAGGACGGCACUGUAACGGUUGUCAAUGGUGCGGACGGGAUCGCACAACAUUUUACCAGUCGGGACGAGGAGUGCUCCAACUCCACCAUCACCACCACUAGCAACAGCAGCCGUAAUGCUCUGAAGCACAAGCUAACUUUUGAUGACGAUGACGACGAGCGCGAACCGGCCGUACCGGCAAAAGUUCGAAUAUCGGAACAGGAGGAUGAUGAUGACGGUUGUGCAUGGGCGGCGACAAAAACCAUCCAAACGGACGUGGCUGGUGAUGGUGUUAUCAGCGGAAAGCUACAUCACGAGACAACUAAGAACUAUGGUGGUAGUGGGAUGCAUAAUACCAUCGGCGCGUGUACUACAAACGGUGCGAUCGAGGGACAAAGUCCACAAACCGAUGGUGGUUCACCCACGGAACGGUGCAACAAUAUUCCUUUAUAG